AUGCAUCUUACUUGGGAAACGUAUAUGUGCGUACGCAUGGAGAUAUCAGAUUUCAAGAUAUAUCGACUAGAAUUUUGCAUGAUACAUAUACGUCUAAAGCCACCAUAUCAGAAUGGACGCCCGGUUACUGAUGACUCAGUAGUUGAUCUCUCAUUUCUCGAAUUAGCUGAUGCCGAUGGGCACAUAGUUCCCCACUCAAUGUAUUGGGGACAUAUUACUCUAGUAAUUGGUGGUUGGAGCAACACGCAGUGGACAGGGUAUGUUUUCAAUCAGGCUGACAAAGACGAAUUAGAUACCGAAGAUAUUGACGAGCUCAAGAGACAUUUCCUAAUCUCCGAGUAUGGAUUCGACUUUGCUACUCCUCCACAAUCUGUGAAAUUUUGGGAAGUAAGAAGAUACUGGUUGCGUUUGGUAGCGCAUUGUAGUCAGUACGUGUUGCAAGAAUGGCUAUAUCUCGUAAGAACAGUUGAAGAGGGCGUAGAAGCAUGGAAAUCACAAGAACCUUGUAUCAGUAGUACCACUCAACACACUGUCCUUCUUCUGUGCCAACUGCGCGACACGCUCUCAGCCACGCUUCGAGCUUACAGUCGCUUCAUCAAACUAGACGGGGAUAUAUGCUACUUCUCAGAUGUCAGCGACUGUUCCUCUCUAGAGAAUAGCAUUGCCGAGUCAUUUGAGAAACUCGCGGAUCUCUUGACUAGACUGUGUUCACUUGAUGACUCUUUCAAGCGCUUCGCAACGCAUGCAUGUGGAAGGGCAUCCCGAAUAGGCAACCACUUGAUCAUAAAAGGCGAGCGACCCAGUCAGGAGAGCAAUGCAUACCACCUAGCUACCCACCAGCUGAACGAGCAUAUGCACAAACUAAACGAAGAAACAUGUUACUUUAGCUCUGAGCAGGACGUUCUGUUCUUCAAAAUGAGCCCCGCUACGUUCCCUCUCACUAUGCUUAUUCUUCUUCGCACUUUACUACACCUGAUUUACCGAAUCCCGUCGACCGGAAGGAAGGCAUCCGAACCGUCGGGUGAGGGCCCAUGUAAGUAA